AAAAGCCUUUCUGAGAGAACCCACGUUCCGACCGCCCGCCCGCUUACUUUCGAGCCUCCGCGAGCAACCCGCUGCUAUCACCGCUCGGUGCCGGGAACUCCUCCACGGUACGCGCACAACCAGCGACUCAACCCACACUACACCACUUCAGCGUUUGGGUUUGGUUUUGGAUUGAGGUGUUAAUGGCAACAGCUACUUACCCGCCACCGCCGCCGUAUUACAGACUCUACAAAGAUUACUUACAGGAUCCGACAUCGGCUCCGGAGCCUCCCCCUCCGAUCGAAGGGACCUACAUUUGUUUCGGCGGCAACUACACCACUGAUGAUGUGCUUCCAAGCUUGGAAGAGCAGGGAGUGCGCCAGCUAUACACAAAAGGGCCAAAUAUUGAUUUUAAGAAGGAAUUGAGGUCACUUAACAGAGAAUUGCAGCUGCACAUUUUGGAGCUUGCGGAUGUUCUUGUUGAGAGACCAUCACAAUAUGCAAGGAGAGUGGAGGACAUAUCCCUUAUAUUCAAGAACUUACACCACCUUCUCAAUUCAUUGCGCCCCCAUCAGGCCCGAGCAACACUAAUUCACAUUCUAGAACUCCAAAUACAACGCCGUAAACAAGCUGUGGAGGAUAUAAAGAGGAGAAGAGAAGAAGCUCAGAAACUUCUGAAGGAAUCCCUCGCAACCUUGGAUGGACAUUAGCGCACGACUUUGAUGCUAGAGCAGAAUUGCCUGUGUUGUUGUUUGAAUUCGGCUGACCUCCUGCAGUGCAGCUAAACACCUAAAAUACUAAUUUUAGAAAUCAUAAUAAAAUUAUAACUAUCCUACAAUAUUAACGUGAUUGUCUUAAUCAAUUUUUAGAUAUUUUUUUAUUUAAA